UAGAUUCAACAAUUUUAUAUUCAACUAUAACUUACAAAAACCAAGAACAAGAUCAAAAUUUUCUUCUUACAAUACUCCUUAAUAAAAUUCAACGAUUUACUAAAGCAAACCUACAUCUUACAGAAAAAUUCACGAUAAUAGAAUUAAUAAUUGCAAAAACUAAAGGUGCUCCAAAAAAGCGAAAAAUGUCUGAUGUAGAAAAACAAGUAUCAAAAAAGUCAAAACCAAUCAACAAACAAGAACGAAUUACUAUUAAUAAAGAAAACAAACAAGAAAAUUCAUUAAAAACUUUAUGUUUAGGAUGUAACGUAUCACUUAUAAAUCAGUUAAAAAAACAAAAAG